GAUGCCCUCCCCGUCUCAACUGGCCCGGUCCAUGACCUAACCUUUUAAACCCCAGGUUGACGCAAAGAGAGGAAGGAAAAUCAAUCACUAACCCCUCACGCACGCAAGCCUUUUCACCCAUUCUCCGGCGGCGGCAGCUAUGGCGGCGGUGGCGGCAAGGUUCGGGCUCCGACGCAUGUUCUCCAUCGCCGACUUCGCGACGCCGAACGCGCGCAUGUUCUCCAUCUCGGCCUUCGCGCCGCCGAGCCCGCCCACGCCUCCCCCGAAGGCCGACCCCUCCCCCAACCUCUUCGUCUCCGGGCUAAGCAAGCGUACAACAACUGAUGGACUUAGAGAAGCUUUUGCAAAGUUUGGGGAAGUUGAACACGCUCGAGUUGUCACAGAUCGUGUCACUGGUUUUUCUAAGGGGUUUGGCUUUGUAAGGUAUGUUACGGUUGAAGAUGCAGCUAAAGGAAUAGAAGGAAUGGAUGGAAAAGGGAGCCUUGGCGCAGUGGUAAAGCUGCUGCCUUGUGACCAUGAGGUCAUGGGUUCAAGUCCUGGAAACAGCCUCUUACAGAAAUGUAGGGAAAGGCUGCGUACUAUAGACCCAAAGUGGUCGGACCCUUCCCUGGACCCUGCGCAAGCGGGAGCUACAUGCACCAGUUUCUGGAUGGAUGGGUUAUUUUUGCCGAAUAUGCUAGACCCAGACCACCGCCGCAGAUGGGAGGGGCAACUCCGCAGCCACAACAAUCAUGGGGCACUCCUGGUUCCUGGGGCUCACAGUAGAUGAAGGGACGAUCAUUCUAUCUGGUUGUGCGCCUGACAGCGUAUCAACCAGCCAUCGCAGUCUACAUUUAGAUCAUAGCUACCAUCGUGUUGUCCCAGGUGUGAACACCCUUGCCUGAUCCAAUAUUCUUGUCGUGUUGGACUGGUCGUUUACGGCCUCCACAUGGAGAAGCACUUGUGGAACCUUAUAUGGACCAAGCAGGUAUUACUGUCAGCAUGCAACAGCUUCGGACCAUUGCUAAUAAUGUCUUCUUGUCCCUUUUAUUUGAAUUGUCGUAAGCCUUAUCAGCUGGUCAUGGCAUGUGCUGCUCUUGUACUACUGGAUAAUGAAUCAUAGCUCGGAAUAAGAACACGUUUGCAAGCGAA